GGUAUGGCGAGGACCUCAUAAUGUUGAAGAAAUUUAUUUUUAUAGCAUUAAUACAUUGUUCUCUAUCUUUUCCUACUCCAUCGGAAGAGUAUAUGAGAGAAUUUGUUUUAAAAGAGCCUGACAUUUACAAAGUUUAUUGGAAGUAUGAUGACAACACUAUAACGUUUGAAAUUCACGCUAAAACUAAAGGUUGGAUUGGCUUUGGUGUUUCUCCUAAUGGGGGUAUGCCUGGAUCAGAUAUUGUAAUGUUUUGGAAGGGUACUGAUAAUAAAAUAACCUUUGAGGAUAGACACGCCGUUGAUAAAAUUGAACCUAUUAAAGACGAAAAGCAAGAUUGGCAUUUAGAUUCCCUUAAAGAAGAAGGAGAAUUUACAAUUGCAAAAUUUAAUAGAAAACUAAAUACCUGUGAUGAUAAGGAUCUUGAAAUCAAAAAAGGAACGAAUAGACUGAUAUGGGCCUUUAAUCCGCUAAAGCCUAUAGAUCGUCCAAUUUAUCAUGGUACCGAGAUGCGAGGUACUGCCAGUGUGGCACUACUAGCUGAAGGACCCCCAAACAACGCCGGGGAUAUAAUAAAAGACUCCUUUCCUAUUGAUAUAACACACACACCGUAUCGCAUACCAAACAAUACAGAUACAGUCUAUAGAUGUGAAAUAUUCAAAUUGACCCAUCCUCCCGGAAAGCACCACGUAGUUGUGGUUGACCCACUUAUAAACCAAGACCAUAAAACUUUGGUCCAUCAUAUAAUAAUAUAUGGCUGCGCUGGAAAUUUAAGUUCGGAGGUGGGAACUACAUGGAAUUGCUAUGAGUCGAAAAGUAGUGCUCUCAGUUCGUGUAAUACUAUUAUGUUCGCAUGGGCUAUAGGUGGAGGGCCUUGGUUCUUCCCUGAAGAAAUAGGAUUUCCAUUAGGCGGUCCAAACGAUCCAAUGUAUGUGAGAAUGGAAACUCACUAUGAUAAUCCAGCCCUAAAGGAUGGUAUUAUAGACACUUCCGGUCUUCGUCUAUGGACUACGAACAAACUAAGAAAAUACGAUGCGGGCAUUAUAGAGGCAGGCCAUGUGCUCAGCCGAGACCUUCAUGUUAUCCCACCUAAAGCAAAACCUUUCGUAUCAAUCGGACAUUGCUAUAAUGAAUGUCUUCGUCAGAGUUUGGAACGAAAAAAUGUUAAAGAGAUCAAAGUAUUUGCAGUAGGCUUACACGCUCAUUUAAAGGGUUAUCAAAUUAAACUUCGUCACUUUCGAGAUGGAGUAGAGCUUGAACCAAUUGCUUUUGAGGAGUUUUAUGAUUUCAAUUUUCAAGAGUAUCAAAAAUUAGAAGUUGAGAGAGUCGUAAAAGCGACUGACAGACUUCAAGUUGAAUGUUCAUAUAACACAGAAAAUGAAAAAAAUGCGACAUAUGUAAGUAUUAAAUUAUCUAGUUAAACAAUUUUCUAUUAAAUUUUCCAGGAAAAUACUAUUACAAGGAAUAUGUACUCAAUGGCUUAUUUUACUAGGGUGGUUUCACAACAAGGGAAGAAAUGUGUUACGCAUUUACCCAGUACUACCCCAGAAUUGAUCUCUCUCGUUGCCAAAGUCUUCCAAAUCCCGAAGUUCUAGGUGAAAUAUUAGAUCCUCCUUCUCAUCAUGUUGAUUGGUCUCCUGCAAAAGUUGCAAAAUACCAAGAAUUGGUUAAAACAAGAAACGUUAGAGUUCGUUGUCUUGGCUCAGGAGAGAGCUAUCCAAUACAUGGAGAGAUGAUCAAUUUUCCCCCACCGACAAAAGAAUAUGAAAGAGAAGAUGUUUGCCUCUCGAAAGGAAAUCAAAAUGAAUAUACGAAAGUUGCUAUUCUUCUUUGCAUUGCAACUCUGAUGAACAUGUUUAUUUGAAGAAGCAGCAACUACUGAAAAACUAUGAAUUACUUUGACGACUGUUAAAACCAAGGAAAAUCAUUUUUCCUUCUUUCUUGAUUUUUUGAGUCCCUUAUAAAAAAAUAUAAUUUACUUUGCAAGCCUUAAAACGUAGUCCUUUUAUAAUGAGAUAUAAUUUUAUUAUAUGUCUAAUUAAGUAAAUAUUCAUUUAAAAUUACAGAAUUAUGAACAUUUAUAUUCAAAUAUAAUUGAAGUUGAAAUACUCUCUCUAAAUUUAUGUAUGUUAUAUGUGAUGAAUCUAUAAGAUAUCUUUGAUACUUUACAUGACAAAAAAAUGGUCAUAAUUCCUACAAAUGUAAUAUUUAGGUCUUGUGGUAUUGUCAAUUACGCAAUUUCUCCUCAACUACGGAUUUAUUCAAACUAUUUAAAAAUUGAGACCUAUUGAUCACUAAAUAAAUUGACCUACUAUACUAUUGUCGACCUAGUAUAUUCCUAACUGGCCUAGUGUACUGUUUAAAUUAAACCCG